UUUACUUACUCGAAAGAGCCCUCACCGUUUAGUUUUUCAUCAUUUUUUCCGCGAUAAAAUUCUAGCAAACUCGCCGGUGAUUUGUUUUGGUUUUUAGUAUGAGCAAAUGCAGUUCGGUAGCGGAAUCAGUAUGGAAGGAUAUCGAGUCUACUAAUUCAGUGACCGAUGAUCAGCUUUCAGUAUUGCAUUUUCUUUUUGGGAAGAAUCUGGAGAGAGCAACGCGGAUAAUUGAUCAAAGGGGUGUCAAGAGGAUUUCCGGCGAGCCCUGUGGCCGUUCUAUUUUCCAGGUUGUGGGAGAAUCCCGGAGGAAGGAGGAAUAUUUAUGCUUCCCUGAACACUAUUGUUCAUGUUAUUCAUUCUUCUAUGACAUUGUGAACAGAGGGGAACAACUUUGUUGUAAGCAUCAACUAGCUGCAAGACUGUCGGCCUCAACUGGAGUAUGCAUUGAUGUGAAGGUUUCUGAUGAGGAACUUGCAUUCUUACUUUCCAAGCUUUGACAACUUUGAAGGACAAGAGAUUUUGCCUGUAGCAAUUGAGGAUUGUAUUGGAGCAAUUGAUGGAACGCAUAUUCACGCAUCACUUCCAACGAAUGAGCAAAUCCCCUACAUUGGUAGAAAGGGAUAUCCUACCCAAAACAUUAUGGCCGUGUGUAGUUUUGACAUGCUAUUCACCUUUGUGUGGCCAAGGUGGGAAGGAACAACACAUGAUACACAUAUAUUUUGGGAAGCUCUAUGAAGCAUUGAUCUAAAA